AAAAGGCAAAAAGGACACAUUUUAUCACAUACACAGUACACACACUCCAACCCUCCUCCAGCCAAAAAAACCAACUACCCUCAAUAAAUUCAGACACCUUCUCAACCAGAGACAAGAGAAGAUACAAAAUUUUGAGCAAUGGCUCCCCAAGAACACCACCACCAACAAAAACAACAACAACAACAACAACAACAAGAAAUCUAUCAAACCAAAAACCAAGAAGACCACCAUUUCAGCGAGCUCCUCUCCACCUAUUUAGGCCUCAGCUUCACAAUUUUUCUGGGCUUGUUGCCCAAGAACUCAAUCCCAUUAAUCUCCACAUACCAAACCCAGAACAAAGCUCUCUCCUUUAAGCUAAUGCAAGCGGAGGAGCAGCUCAAGCAGUUCCACACGCGCAGGAAAGAGGAUUCCAAGGCAAACGCCAGAGUUGUCGAGAUUUUCGCCAGCCACAGACACGCCUGGCAGCAGGAGGAGAAGAGGUUGCUGCAGCAGAUCGACGAGUGCAGCGAGGAAAUCGCCUUCUUGAAGAGUAAAGUUGAGGACUUUGAAGGCGUGGAGACUGAGUUCAAGGCGAGCAUUGAGGAUUUGAAGAGAGAGGUUAGUGAGAGAGAGGAGAUGCUGAGCUUCAUGAGCAGGAGUAAUUGUGAGAGCGGUGGGGAGUGCUAUGGUGAUAUGGGUUUGAGCUAUGCUGCUGCCAAAGCUGGGGUUUCGGAGGGGGUGGAGGAGGACUGCUUCAAUGGUGAUGGGGUGGAUGAGAUGAGGUCUGUGUAUGGGCAGAGUCAUGGUGGGUUUACCUCAGAUUUCUUGAAUUCUGCUGCCUCCAAAUUUUGGUCUGAUAAAGCUAGCCAAUGGCAGGAUAUGCCGCAGUACGAAUCAGCCGAGUCAGUUUACCACGUGAAGCACUUCGUUUCUAGAAGGGAGUCCCCUUGGAAGGUAGACGGUGAUUCUAGCGGAGUCUCGUCUAAAUUAAAGCUGCUUGAGCAAGAACUACUGAAUUUAGAGCGAGUUUGUAGGGCAGAUUUUUCGAAGGCACCAUCACCUAUGCGAAAGCAGGCCAAGAGGUACCAAGCAUUAGCAGGAAAAAUCGAUGAUCUUUGCAGGAGAAUGCAAGCUAGUGAUCCAUGUGAAGCCACUCUGAGCUCAGAGUUUCGCAUCCAAAGGCAAACCGAGUUCUUGCUAGAGGCGUUUCGUCUGCAGCAACGAGCCUCUGAAGCCAGCCAGAAACUCACAGCACUACAAACUGAGAGAGGAAAGAGCUACCACGGAGGGGAGGUCGAAGGGGCAGCUAACGUAGCCACUAGGCGAGCCCUGGACUCCAUCAGAAACAAUUUCAAAGAGAUCCAAAGGAAUCUUGAGAUAUGGCUAGCAAGAAUCAUAGGAGAUCUCGAAGGACUGAUGUCUAGAGAUGGCGCCUCUCGUGCACAAGAGUACUACGCCUCUAGGUACCCUUUUGUUCAUCAGUAAGUAAAUAAACAAUGGCACUAAUCUAGUUUGAUUUGAGUUUGUAGCAGCACUAGUGAUCAAGAAAAUGUGCAGUUUCCCUUGUGUUAGUCUUUAACUUUUCUUGCUU